CUCACGUACGGUACUCUGUCUGUCCUGUGUACCAUAAUGGUGAUCAACGUCCAUUCACGGCCGGACGAGGAGUACAUUCCAAACUGGUUAAGGCGUGUCACCAUAUCCGUCUUCAUGCCAAUGGGUUUCUGGAAAGGAAGCUGUAGUCCUAGUGGGUGCUGUAAAAAGAAGGUGGAACCCAAACAAACGAAGACUAUCAACGUUGUGUCUGUCUCCAAGAUCAAGUUGGACGUCAAUGAAAAGUCCAUGUCUGUUGUUGAGGAUUACGAUUCGGCCUCAUUGGAAAGCAACGAUCAUCAACUGUCCUGGCAGAUAGUUUCCCAGGUCCUGGACGCUAUGUUCUUCAAUGUGUUUAUGUGGGUCAUUGUCCUCACCUCCAUCGUCUUCUUUGGCAUUCUAUCGAACGAGUUCGCCAAUAUCUAGUGGAGCAGCCGAGGAGUACUACCCCAAUCUCUGCGUUUCGUCUCAGAUAACGUUAUAAUGCUGAUACUGCAUGUGCUGAUAUAUGCAUUUUUUGCGACUUUCGGAUACAUUUUGUAUUAUAUGAAAAUUGUAUUUUGAUAUUAUAUGCAAUGCGUGAAAUCAAGCUUCGUUGACUUUAUGCUACAAGUUUGAUUACUUUUGAAAUGAAAUCGAUGAAUGAUUUAAUGGGUUUUUUAAACAUGACGAUAAUUGUAUACGUCAUUAUCAAUGAUAAAUAUUUUUAUAUAUAACACAGAACUCUGUCUUGAACUUCUAAAAACAAAUAGGACCUGUUGGCGUUGACAUAAUGUCAAUUAGCAUCACGUCAUAAUUAGAUAAAAACGUUCAGAAUCUCAAAUAAUGUUUGAGCAAUUUUGAUCGUGUGAUCGAAUUUAAUCAUAUGAAUCGGAAGCUUAAGCAAACAUAUAUGUUACCGUUAGGUCUGUAUAAUAUAUUUGGUCUAUAUACCUCAUUAAUGUUCUAAACAGCACAAUGAUCAGAACAUCACGUCAAUCAAACAAGAGACGUAAUAGGUAUAUCACAUUUAGAAAAGGGGCGGUAAAUGUCGGCAAACUUCUCUCGAAAAUAAUAGAGAAGGGAUAUAAGUCGGCACCAAGUAACUGGUUAUCCGGCAUAUCUUAUUAGCUGUAUAUCAGAUUAAACAAUUAGAUUGAUGAAAAUUAUGUUUAUAAUCGUCAUGCCAAUUAGGAUAUUAGGAGAGUGUCUCUGGAAAGGUUGAGUUCACUUGACUCACUAACGUGAACUACUACCUUUCCAAAGUAGUCGUACAUAUUGGACUGUUGUUGUCAUUAUUAGUCUUACCAUUUUGGGAUAAUGGCUAGAUAGUAUGACAACAUUAUUUGUAUUUGUUGCUGGAAAAUAAUAAUUAAUACUUUAUCACA